AUGGCGCAGCUGGAGAAGGCCGCCCGCAAGCUCACCAUGUACUCGCGGGCUCUGCGCGAGCAGCUCGCCCGGCUCCGCGAGGAGGUCGCGGCCGAGAAGCAGGCCGUGCUGACGUCCGAGGACGACGUGAGCGAGUCGUCCGCGCGGCUGCAGGAGAUUGAGGAGCUCAUGGCCAAGCUGCAGCUCGACAUCGACGCCCUGCGCACGCUGCCACCCUCUCAGGACGACGGCAGCCUGGCCGCGCGCGAGCAGGAGCUCGAGGAGCUCGAGGAGGAGCGCCUCGAGGAGCUGGAGCUGCUCGGCCACAUCCAGAUCAUGCUGCAGAUGCACCAGCACGCGAAAGGUAGGAUGCAGCGCAUGAUCGCCGCGCUCACCAAGGAACUCCACCGCGUGCGGCAGCGCGAAGAGGCCGUCGUGAUCGCCGCGCUGCGCAGCCGCAUCGUCAAGGUUUUCGCCCCCAAGAUCUAA